AUCCAGGCUGAUUUCCAGGCGUGCGGGGAUCUUUUGUCAUUUGUGCUCUUGUGUUUCAGUCAGGCAGUCGAUCCAUAGCUCCUUUUUUGACUCCGCUACUGUCUCGACCUGCGCCCCGGAUGAAUCGCUAUCGAAAUGCUCCCGGCCUCAGAGGCCCUACCAAGGCAACUCCUAGCACUUUGUGUCAAAAAUGCCUGAAACGAGGGCACUAUAGUUAUGAAUGUACAGUGACCGCCCAGGAGCGGCCGUACAUGUCUCGUCCAUCACGCACGCAGCAGUUAUUGAACCCCAAACUGCGGCCGCAACUCUCAGCUGAUGUCCCUAGUGACUCGUCGCGCACCAAAGGACUAGCGACUGAGAUUCUUGCUAAGCGUGAGGAAGAACGAGGUCGCAAAAGAGAGCAUGAUGAGGCGGACCCUCUUGACAGUCGCACUCAGACCUCUAAACGAGCUCGGUCAGCAUCAUCACAUUCGGUCAGCUCGGUAUCGACGAUAUCGACCAGUCGGUCACACUCGAGAUCGCCCUCUCGCCAUGCGGACUAUGGUGCUAGGAAGAGCCAUGGCCGAACAAGGUCCAUCUCUUCCCAUGUCUCCGGACCCAGGAAGAGACGCUACAGCGAUGCGUCUUCUCAUGAUUCUGCAGUCUCCUACUCGUCCAGGGACAGAGAUUCACGUUCUCGAUCGCGUGAAUGGCAGGGUGACAGAAACACCCGGCGGAGGCGUCGAGAAUCCAGCCCCGAAGAACGGGGCCGGCCUCGACACAUGUCGCGGGACCGUGAACGACGAGACAGGUCCCGAAGUCAGAGCGUGGAUCACAGCCGAAUUGCCAGGGCGAGACGGUCUGCGACCCCAGAGAAGCGGCCGGAGCGUAGCUAUCCUGCUUCAAGGGAUUAUAGGGAUGGUCCGGGUCGCUCGCAGAAGGAUGGACGGGGCCAAGGACGUGCGCCGCCUCCGCCCCGUGAGAGGAGUCUCAGUCCUUACAGCAAGCGUCUUGCGUUGACGCAGUCCAUGAACAUGGGCAGCUAGGUGUCUUUGGCUUGAGGUUUGGAAUAGAAAAAGUACUGGACAAAAGGAUGUGCGGGAGUUUGGCGUUUUCCCUCUUUCGAGGCUCAUCACCACGGGCUGGUUCUCCAAGGAUUAUAAACGAGGGGCUGUACUAUAGUAAGACCAUACAGAAGGCUAAUGCAUUGAA